GCAAAGAUUCCACCGGAGCGAGGAGACACUUUCCUUCCCUGGUGUGUUGAAUUCAAGCAGGCGUCGCUCUUGUCUAAAAACUCAAAAGUGGACAUCAGAGUGACAAGAGUGUGGAGGCGGGAGGAGGGCAGACAGAUGGAUGAGGAGGAACGGCGGCGAGCUGACAUUAACUCAUUUAACGUUUGUCUGUUUAAUAAGCUCCGCUGAAGCAAAGACCACACUGUUUCUAUGGCGACGUCCCGCUGCUUGACGAGGACCAUGGAUGUAAACAAAUGCCUCUGCUUACUUCUCUUCAAUCUAUGUACUACAGUGUUUUGCUAUGCUGGACCGCGGGCCCAUGCCGAGGAGAAGCUGCUCCAGGAUCUGUUUGUGCGCUACAACAAACUCUCUCGGCCAGUGGAAAACUCGUCAGAUACAGUUCUGGUCCACUUUGGACUGUCCAUCGCUCAGCUCAUAGAUGUGGAUGAGAAGAACCAGAUGAUGACCACAAACGUCUGGGUCAAGCAGGAAUGGAAUGAUUACAAGCUGCGCUGGAAUCCGGAGGAAUACGAUAAUGUCACCUCCAUCCGUAUCCCCUCAGAGAUCAUCUGGAGGCCCGACAUUGUCCUUUACAACAACGCUGAUGGCGACUUUGCCGUGACCCACCUCACCAAGGCCCACCUGUUCCACGACGGGCGCAUCAAGUGGAUGCCCCCGGCCAUUUACAAGUCUUCGUGCAGCAUCGACGUCACCUUUUUCCCCUUCGACCAACAAAGCUGCAAAAUGAAGUUUGGUUCGUGGACAUACGACCGAGCCAAGAUCGACCUUAUCAGCAUGGCCAGUGACGUGGAUCAAAUGGACUACUGGGAGAGCGGAGAGUGGGUGAUUGUGAAUGCGGUGGGCAAGUACAACACCAAGAAGUACGAGUGUUGUACGGAGAUCUACGCAGACAUCACGUACUACUUCAUCAUACGGAGGCUUCCGCUCUUCUACACCAUCAACCUCAUCAUCCCUUGCUUGCUUAUCUCCUGUUUGACCGUGCUGGUGUUUUAUUUGCCGUCACAGUGCGGCGAGAAGAUCACGUUGUGUAUUUCGGUUUUGCUAUCCCUCACGGUUUUUCUAUUGUUGAUCACCGAGAUCAUCCCGUCUACGUCGCUGGUGAUUCCGCUCAUCGGAGAGUACCUUCUUUUCACCAUGGUCUUUGUCACGCUGUCCAUUAUUAUCACUGUUUUUGUUUUGAACGUACACCACAGGUCACCGCAAACCCACGGAAUGCCUCACUGGGUACGAAGGGUCUUUUUGGACAUGGUUCCCCGGGUCCUGUUCAUGAAGAGACCACCCGGUACGGCGAAACAGCACUGCAAGAAGCUAAUUGAAAUGAUGCACCGUCCCACCGGGAUAUCCACAACGGGCAAUUCGGAAACCUUCUGGAUGGGCGUGGAAACAGGGUUUACUCAUAUAAGACAAGUGGAGCAAACCCUUCCGAAGACUCCAUCCGACAGUCCGAACAUCCACAUCUGCUCCCCUUCUCCGCCUUCUUCUCCUCUCAAGGAAAAAACCCCAAUUAAAGCUAACAUCUUUUCCCAGUCGCCCAUUAAACAGUAUUCCAAUCUCCAACGGGUACACAACUUGUCUUCUUCUCAGUUGUCGUUACCCCCGACUUUGCCGCUGGGUCCCCUUCGCAGCCUCCCCAAGGAAGACGCUAACACACUCUCCCCGAACGGACGCUCCCACAGCGUGGAGCAAAUGAGCGACCACCAGAGGGAGUUUCCUUUGAAAGCGGAGCAACGGUGUCGAUCGGGAAGCUUCCGCUACUGUUGCCUGCACAACGAAGGACCGGCGGACAACUGGACCGGGUCUACGGACCGAACCAAGCAAAAAACCCAGACAAACUGCCUCAAAGAAGAGUCCACGAAACAAGAGGCGGUGAUUCCGUCCAUCUCGCCGGCUGUCCAACGAGCCAUUGAGGGAGUUCAGUACAUCGCCGAUCAUCUCAGGGCGGAGGACGAUGACUUCUCGGUGAAAGAAGACUGGAAGUAUGUCGCCAUGGUCAUCGACAGGAUAUUCCUCUGGAUGUUUGUACUGGUGUGUAUACUGGGAUCAGUGGGACUCUUUCUUCCGCCUUGGCUGGCUGGAAUGAUCUAAAAAUAUUUCAAAGACUAUUUAACCUGUUUUUUUCAUCAGUCAAAGGAAGUACAAUAUAUUGUUUAGUUAUUGAAUUUCAUAAAGGUUACAAAGAAGAUAAAAUGUCUAUCAUUGAUUACUGGAGGCACGUAAAUAUUUUAUGAGCGAGAACUUCCCGCUAAUAUUUCCAUCUGACAUUCUGACACCUUCACAUGUAGGACGCAAAACUCCUAACCAAGGCUUCAAUUUCGAUGUUGCAUAUUUUUGCGUUGAGUUUUGUGCAUUACUCAAUGGGAUAUUAAAGAAAUGUCAAAAAUAACCAUAAGUGAUUGUUCAGCUUGAUGAUUAGUGGAAUUCUGUUGUUAUGUUUAGUCGUGUCUUGAAGAAACUGAGGUAAAAUGGAGUGCAGUACUUAGAUGCAACCAGAAGAGGCACUGUUGGCUUACCUAAAGACAAAAAAGUGUUGCAAGCAAGAAUUCAAAACAUUCAGAUUAACUAAACUAAACUAAACUAAACUAAACUAAACUAAACUAAACUAAACUAAACUAAACUAAACUAAACUAAA